AUGACCAAGCUGGGCCAGUGGCUGUGUGGACUCGCCCUGCUGGGCUCCGCCUGGGCCGCGCUGGCGCUGGCACCGCCGGGGCUGCGCUUACCGGGCCCGUACCGGGAGGCCCUGCUGCCCCUGCCCGUCUACCUGCUGGUGGCCUUCGGCUGCUACUCCCUGGCCACCGUGGGCUACCGCUUGGCCACCUUCAACGACUGCGAAGAGGCGGCCGCCGAGCUGCGGGAGCACAUCGAGGCGGCGCGGGCGGAUUUGCGCCGGCGGGGGCUGCGCUUGUGACCCCAAUAAAACCGGGGACGGUGGUGGCUUGUGGCAAGAA